AUGAUGAGCUGCCCAAGAGCCAAGCGCCAGCGGAUUGCACAUGAUGGAUCUGGGCCCCCGGCCUGCCGGAGUGUGCAACAAUAUCGGAAACUGAAUCGAAUUGAUGAGGGCACCUAUGGUGUGGUUUACAGAGCUUGCGAUGUCGAUACUGGAGAAGUUGUGGCGCUCAAGCAGCUCAAGUUGGCAGCAGUCAAAUCUGAUGAUGGCUUCCCAAGCGCGUCCUUGCGUGAGAUCUCCUUACUGCUGGAGAUCGAGCAUCCCAAUGUAGUGCGGUGCCGUGAGGUAGUGGUCGGCAACACCUUGCAGCAUAUCUUCAUGGUUAUGGAGUACGUGGAGCAUGAGCUCAGGGUUCUCCUUGCAAAGCACAAGUUCGCCGUUGCUGAGAUGAAGUGCUUACUUGUCCAGCUGCUGCGUGGUGUUGGACAUCUCCAUCAGUGCUGGAUUUUGCACCGCGACCUGAAAACAUCCAAUAUCCUGUUGGACAAGAAGGGGAUCCUUAAGAUCUGCGACUUUGGCUUGGCACGUCACUUCGGAGAGCCGUUACGCCCCUGUACCCAGCGUGUCCAAUCGCUAUGGUAUCGUGCUCCGGAACUUCUUCUGGGACAGAGGACAUACAGCAGUGCGGUCGACAUUUGGAGCAGCGGCUGUGUUUUUGGAGAGCUGUUGUUGCGGCGACCUUUGUUUGAGGGGAAGGCCGAGCUGCACCAGCUGGGUUUGAUCUUUGGCUUGGUCGGCAUGCCCUCCGAGGAGACUUGGCCUGGAUGCCAAGCAUUGCCAAAUUGGAAAUGGGCUGACAGCUUCAAACACCUCCUCCCAGGAUGGGAGUCGCUAGAUGGAAGUCUCUCCACGUUGGGCCUGGACUUGCUGCAAUCCCUCUUGCAGCUGUGCCCAGACAGGCGAUCGUCAGCCGAAGUUGCGCAGCAACAUGCGUACUUUGUAGAGGUGCCCCAGCCUCAGGAACCAGAAAUGCUGCCAACAUUCAAGGACCUGGUGGCUUCACAAGGAGUCCAACACCGAGGGGCGCAGAUGUGCCCCUUCAAAACCAGUUGA